GGAGCACUAAAAUUUGGAAACAAAGACUUAAUCAUCAAAUGACAACUCAAAUAACGGGGAAAAAAUAAGUUUCCAAAAUCCGUUUACUCUUAUUGCUUGCUUAACAAUUCGAAUAACGGGAAAAAAUUAAGUUUCCAAAAUCGAUCACUCUUACUUGCGAAUCACUGCCGGCGAAUACAGAUAUAUACUUCCCACCACUAACUAAAACUUCCAUUCAUUCAUCUCAAGUCUUCUUUCAAUUCUUGGGCCAUCAAAGAGAAUAUACAAUCACAAACCCUGAAAUAUUUUCUUGUUUUCUUUCCUUCUUUCUUUAACUUCUCAUUCCACUAUAAUCUUCUAUUGUUGCUUUCGUCCAGCCAUGGAAGUUGGUGCUUAUCAGAACCCUAAUCUUCCCGGUGAUGUAUUUGAAGCCCCACCACCGCCAGUUGGCUAUAGGUUCCGCCCAACGGAUUCCGAACUUCUUGAUCAUUACUUGAGGAGGCUGAUUCACAAGCUACCGUUACCCACGCUGUACCCGAGAAUUACCCGUUUGGAUAUUUACGCGGAUCACCCUUCUGCCAUCUGGAAUCUUGAAGACGCUCACGAUGACACGGGCAGCGGGGCCGAGUUGCACUGUUACUUCUACACCGCACUGCAAUGCGUUGGCAAAGGCCUCCGUGCGAAAAAGAUGGGAAGAACGGUUGGGGCACAUGGGACUUGGCACAUGUCCUGCACUAGGGAAACCAAGGUGAAUAAUAAUAAUGCAGAUCAGGUUUUGGGGUACAACAAGUACUUCAACUACAAGCCAAACACAGUUCAUCCUGGAGAUGUGGAAUACGAGUGGGGUAUGCACGAAUUCACCUUGCACGACUCCAAUAAAUAUGCACUGUGCAAGAUUACCAGGAGGAUGAGGAAGAAGAAGUUGAAAGGCGCUGUUGAUGAAUCGGUCAUGUUGUCUAAUCAACAGCAACAAGGAGACCAUAUUGGUUUUGGUGAAAUUGUUCUUUCUUCCAAUCAUGGCGAUCCUGCAAAGCAACCGAACCUGGAACUUUCCCCAGAAUCAAUAACAUGUUCUUUUAAUAAAGUGUCUGAUCAUGAUGAAGUUGGUUCUUCUUCUCCUACUACUUUUACAUCCGUACCGUUGUCUCAUCAACAACCAUUAUUAGAACAUAUGCAUCAAGCUCAUACUGCUGCUCUGCUGGAGCCACUCUCUCAAUUUGAGAACUCAGAUUUCAAUGAUGUUGUUCUGUGUGAGACACAGGGGGGUCAUCAUCCUCAACAACCGCACAUGGACCACUCCCAUGGAUCAAUAGUGACCACCUCUUCUGACUGUUUUGAAUUAGAAGAUUUUGACGACAUUUUCCUGGAUUUGGGGGACUCCGUAGAAGUUGACGAUGUAAGAGAAGAGGCCUAUUAUCAACCAACAGUUGGCUCAAUAGGAAGUCAACUAAACACUACCUGUAAAAGAGCUCGCGUCGAAAAAGGAACCAGAUGUAUUGAGCACGAUCAACAUAUACAUGAAGUUGGUUCUUCUCCUUCUACUACUUUUACAUCCGUACCGUUGUCUCAUCAACAGCAAUUAUUAGAAAAUACGAAUCAAGCUCAUACUGCUGCUCUGCUGGAGCCACUCUCUCAAUUUGAGAACUCAGAUUUCAAUGAUGUUCUGUGUGAGACGCAAUUAUUAGAAAAUACGAAUCAAGCUCAUACUGCUGCUCUGCUGGAGCCACUCUCUCAAUUUGAGAACUCAGAUUUCAAUGAUGUUGUUCUGUGUGAGACAGAGGGGGGUCAUCCUCAACAACCGCACAUGGACCACUCCCAUGGAUCAAUAGUGACCACCUCUUCUGACUCUUUUGAAUUAGAAGAUUUUAAGGAAAUUUUCCUCGAUUUGGGGGACUUCGUAGAACUUGACGAUGUAAGAGAAGAGGCCUAUUAUCAACCAACAGUUGGCUCAAUAGGAAGUCAACAAAACACUACCUGUAAAAGAGCUCGUGUCGAAGAAGGAACCGGAUGUGUUCAGUACGAUCAACAUAUGCAUGAUGCCGGAGCAAAUGGAGCAAAAAGGUUUAGGUAUUGUUGAUACUACUUGGAGUCCCAACACGA